AUGGAGGCCAUCAAGAAGAAAAUGCAGAUGCUGAAGCUGGACAAGGAGAACGCCAUAGACAGAGCCGAACAAGCGGAGGUGGACAAGAAGGGGGCCGAGGACAAGUGCAAACAGCUGGAAGAGGAGCUGCUGGGUUUACAGAAGAAGCUGAAGGGAGUGGAGGAUGAGCUGGACAAAUACUCAGAGUCUCUGAAGGAUGCUCAGGAAAAGCUGGAGCAAGCCGAGAAAAAAGCUACAGACUCCGUAGACUCUGUGCGCAGGAAAAUCAUGUCACUUCAACAAGUGGCGUACGACGCGGAGGACCAGGCCGAGUACGUGCAGAGAGAAGCGGAACAUGAGAGACAGGCCAGAGAGACGGUACGGCCAAAAGGAAACCAGAUCACUGUAGGACCAACCAGCCUGCUUCCUAGAAAACUGAUUGUCUGA